GUCUCGGUCAUAUCGAUAACAUGUGAUUCAGAAUGAGUGAUAAAAUGGAAAUCUACACCAAACUUGAGUGCAUUAAGAAUGCCAGAGAUAAAAUUAAGCAUAUGGAGUUUUUAAAAAAAAAGAUAUUUAAGUUUUAUGAAUAUUAUCAACAAGAGGGAGAGAAUAUUGACGAAUAUAAUAAAGAAAUGGAAGAAUUAUACAGGGAAAAAAUGUUUCAUGUUGAAGAGCUAAGAUUAAUACACACCGAUAUUAAUUUGAUGGAAUUAGUUUUAAAACAAUCAAAUGAACAUAAAACAUUUUGUGUUUAUGAAACGAAAAAGUUGUAUGAUGAUUUAUUAUACUCACAAAAAAUAUUGGAUGAUAUAAAGUUGUCAUUAGGUAUUGAAAGUGACCUAAUAAAAGAAAUUCAAGAUAACAUUUCCUUAAAUCCCAAAGAGGCUGAGAUGCUUCAAAGCCUGUUUCAAAAGCACACUUUACCUAUCCACGAUGCUUUAGCCAACAACCUAAAUUGUAAUCAGACAUUUCAAAAUUUACAUCAUUCACUAUCUAAAAAAUCUCAACAAAAUGCUUUAUCCUUUGUAGAUAGUCAAAAUCAGACUAACAAUGAAUAUAAAUCAAUUAAAAAAUCAACCAUCUCUCAAUGUGAAGAGGCUUAUAAUAAUGCUAUUUCAAAUUUUGCAAAAGACAUUUCCCCCCAUCCUACACCUUCAUCAACUAACACCUUUGAAGGUACCUAUACAAAAUCAGGUUUGAAGAUAGAGAACACUCGAAAUUUUUUGUUAGAUAAGUUAAGCUUAAACCCUUUAAAUGUAGAUAGCAAGUCAUCAACAUCCAUGUUCAAUGCAUCUUAUACCUUCAAUUCUUUGAAUGGUUUAGGCUCAUCUAAUAUGAGUGGAACAGGUAGUUCUAUGAAUAGCCUGGUGGGAUCAGGAAGUUAUAUGAGACCUUCUUCUUCAGUUGCCUUUUUUAGGAACCAGCAACCACCUCCUAUGAAGACCUGCUUAUCAUGCCACCAACAGAUACACAGAAAUGCACCUAUUUGUCCGUUGUGUAAAGCUAAGAGUAGAUCAAGAAAUCCCAAAAAGCCUAAGAAAAAAUUUUAAUGGAUAUAUCAUUAGCAAGGCUUUCCAUUGAUAUUUUAUACUGAUUUUAUUUAAUGCACCUAUUUUUUUGUAGCGAUUAUUUACACAUUUUAUAAAUUAAAUUAUUGAAAACACAAUAUUCUAUUUCAUAAUCAUAUAGAUAUUAUACUCUGAAAAAUUUUAAAGCAUUUUGUUAUUGAUUUGUAUAUUUAAUAAGAUAUUCACAAUUCAUAACUAAUAAUUAUGGAGAGAUUAUCAAA